GCAACCUGCUGUUUUUGGGACCGAACGAGAACGCAUCUAUGCAGAGCUUUCUGCAACAACAACAGCGCACACGAAAACUUCAUUUUUUUUCCCAAAAGGACUGACAAAUAUAAGAUCAAGGUUACCUACAACCCUGACAGGCUACUUUGUUGAUGUGAACUCUCAACACCGCUAAGCACACACUAAUCCGUGGUCUGUCCUUAAUCUCCUGCAGACAACACGGUACUCGCUGCGGACCGUGCCAAAGUGGCUCUUUACGCUUAACCAUCGCUUCAAUCUCGCCCCAGUGUGUGUUUGCGUAAAGGUGCUGUAGUUCCAUCUGAUGGCCAACCUGCUUCUCCGUGGACUCUGUGAUACCUCGUGGUGUUUGUGCCAUCUAGGGUUAUCCGCCGCUCCAAUGCAGUCUUUCUAGCGCAGAGACUUCGCACCUCUCCGCUCUUGGACAAACAACUCCUAAAUUAUUGAAACAAACAAAAAAAACUUUAUUUUGGAUGUACUGUUUUUUCUUUUUUCUUUUUUACAUUCGGCUUGGACGGGCGUUUAGGAGCCAAAGAGAAGCAAACAAUCACAAGGACAUAUUGUGAUUUCACUGGGGAGAAAAUAGACAAACCGCCUGUGCCAUGUAGCAGCACUCUCUCGACUGGAAAUACAGCGAAGACGAGCCCACACAGCAGCGAGCUAGUUAUUUUUACUUGAAGGGGAAACUACAAAUAUGCUGUGAAGCUCUUCGUCGCAGUUUAGCUCCCCGGCACAAGCGCAGGUUUCCAGAGCAUAUGCAGCUGGGAAAUAUUGUCAAGGAGAGAAGAAGCGACAUGCGGCUCGGUAGGCAGCGGGUUUUGCAGUUCGUCUCCUGGAAUUAGUGGAUGAAUGGGAAGGGAGCGGCUGUAGCCCCGAACCAGGGAAACAGAAUACUGACUACUGUAUAGAGCCUGCGGCGGAACACUAUGGAUACUUGUCCGUCUCUAAAGGUGAAAGAGUGAACGGAUGAGUUGGUUGGAGAACUUCUUCCUCAGCUCACACCGAGACGUCACCGUGGGAGGAAGGGAAAGACUUGGGAUUGUUUUUGCCCGCAGUAGGAAUUCAAGGUGGUUAACGAUAUCCAACAGAGACAAAUGUGACAACUAUCAAGAAGCGGUGUUAUAGGAAUCGGAUCCCACGUUCUUGACAUGAAUCACUAUGUGUUUGGAUACCUGACCUGACCUAACAACUGAUCCUGUUACUGCUGCUUCUUUGUUGUGCUCACUGAGUGAAUGUGUGGCCUUGAGGGAUUUCUGAGGGACCAUAUGGCACAAUACCACACAAUAUAGGUCCCCUUUCUAUGAACUAACAUGGACAAAGUGGUCAUCAGUCUCCUGCUUCUGGGAACCGCAGUUACGAUGGUCCAUGCAUGUCCCAAAUACUGUGUCUGCCAGAACCUCUCUGAGUCUCUGGGGACUCUGUGCCCCUCCAAAGGCCUGCUCUUCGUCCCACUGGACAUCGACCGGCGAACUGUGGAGCUCCGGCUGGGCGGCAACUUCAUCCUGAAGGUCACCACUCAGGACUUUGCCAACAUGUCAGGUCUGGUUGAUCUCACCUUGUCCCGCAACACCAUCAGCACUAUCCAGCCUUUCUCUUUCAUCGACCUGGAGACCCUGAGAUCCCUGCACCUCGACAGUAACCGAUUGACUGAGCUGGGACCGGAUGACCUCCGAGGGCUGGUAAACCUGCAGCACCUGAUCCUCAACAACAAUCAGCUGAGUCAGAUCUCCAACACAGCCUUUGACGACGUGUUAGUGACACUGGAGGAUCUGGAUUUGUCUUAUAACAACUUGCGCAGUGUGCCUUGGGAAGCCAUCCGCAAGAUGGUCAACCUCCAUCAGAUGAGUCUGGAUCAUAACCUCAUCGCCUUCAUUUCCGAGGGGACUUUCAUAGAUCUAGAUAAACUGGCCCGCUUGGAUCUCACCUCCAACCGUCUCCAGAAGCUCCCUCCGGACCCCAUCUUUGCGCGCUCGCAAAGCAAUGUAGUGAUGAGCACUCCUUAUGCACCUCAACUUUCUCUAAGCUUUGGCGGAAACCCAUUGCACUGCAACUGUGAAGUCCUUUGGCUUCGAAGGCUGGAGCGGGAGGAUGAUAUGGAAACCUGUGCUUCUCCUCCUAGUCUAAAGGGGCGCUACUUUUGGUCUGUUCGUGAGGAAGAGUUUGUUUGUGAGCCCCCUCUGAUCACACAGCAUACACACAAGUUACUAGUGCUGGAAGGUCAAACGGCUAGCCUACGCUGCAAAGCAGUCGGGGAUCCAAUGCCAACUGUGCAUUGGGUUGCUCCUGAUGACCGUUUGAUCAGCAACUCCUCCCGAGCAACGGUAUACGAAAAUGGCACCCUGGACAUUACGAUCACCACAUCCAAGGAUUACGGGAUCUUUACUUGCAUAGCUGCCAACGCUGCUGGGGAAUCUACAGCCUCUAUUGAACUGUCAAUCAUUCAACUCCCCCAUCUGAGUAAUGGUACAAACCGUACCACACAGUCCAAGUCGGGACUUUCGGACAUAACUAGCUCUACCAAGACCAGUAAAGGGGAGCCUAAACCUCUACCAGAGAAGGUGGUGUCUGUAUCAGAAGUGACUGCCAUCUCUGCUCUGGUCAAGUGGACUGUUAGCAAAUCAACUCCAAAGGUCAAAAUGUAUCAGCUUCAGUACAAUUGUUCUGAAGAUGAAGUCCUCAUUUACAGGAUGAUUCCAAUGACUAACAGAGCCUUCGUAGUCACAAAUCUUGUCCCAGGGAUGCAGUAUGACCUGUGUGUCUUAGCCAUCUGGGAUGACACUGCCACCACCCUUACUGCCACCAACAUCGUCGGCUGUGUCCAGUUCAUUACCACGGAGGACUACCCGCAGUGCCAGUCUCUCCACAGUGGCUUCCUGGGCGGCACCAUGAUCCUGGUCAUCGGUGGCAUCAUUGUGGCCACGCUGCUGGUGUUCAUCGUCAUCCUCAUGGUGCGGUAUAAGGUGACUAGUGGCACCCAGACUAAUAAAUUACCCACUGUGAGCAACACAUACUCACAGACCAAUGGCGGGUUGAACAGGUUCAACGGUGCCCCGCCACAGGUCAAAUCCACAGUAGUGGUCAUGAGUGAGGAAAUGGUAGAGUUCAAGUGUGGAUCCCUCCAGAGCAGUCUCUCUUCAUCCUCAUCCUCUUCUAACUCAUUAGACAGCCAAACAGGAAGGGGGGCUGGCGACCGCUACAGCAUGCAAGGCAGUGAAUGCAGCACCCUGCCCAGCAGCAAGUUCAGGAGGCACAGGCAUGGCCCCAAAGCACGGCCAAACCUGGACCACCUUUUAGGGGCCUUCACCUCACUGGAGCUGCGAGGGGUAGCGAGGGACCACCAUGGGGCUUCAGCCCCCCCCACCACAUCCAAUGCUGUGAUGACGGUGGCUAUGUUACCCCCGUCCGAUAAAGAACCCCUGCUCGGACGGGCCGAGUCCACCACCAUGCUGGGACGUCUAUUAGGGGUGCCCCAGCAGGGUAAGCCCAAGAGGAGUCACUCGUUUGACAUGGGUCAUGUGGGGGCUGCACAGUGUCACAGCAGCUACCCUCGCAGGAUCAGUAACAUCUGGACUAAGCGCAGCCUGUCUGUUAAUGGAAUGCUGCUGCAGUAUGAUGACAGUGAGGACGAGAAGCCCACUUUUGAGAGCUCUGAGUGGGUGAUGGAAAGCACAGUUUGAGUGGGUCGAACUGUGAGGUUCAUGGCCAAUAAAUCUAUAUCAGGAACUAAAGGAACAUGACAUGAGUGUAGAGGCAGAGGAAAUCUAACUUUGGGUAUUGCAUGAAGUUCAUCCAUGUGAAUACUGUCUAAGUAAUUAUGUGAAAAAAGACACUCAAAUUGAUAGAUUCCUGGCCAUCAUCUCAAAUCUCUGACAGUGUCUAACUGUAUUUGAAAUAUUGUUCCAUUCUCAAAACAACACCGAAUCUUGGAUUGUGCAGAGGGAAUAAUUUCCCCAUCUACAGGGCCAUGAGAGUGCCUCGGAGAGACGGAGGGAAAAGAAAGAUGAGAAAUUCAAAGUGGAUUUACCUCUCUAUCAAAAGAACUAAAUGCCAAGACGAUUUGCCUCGGCUGUGGUUGUGAAUCACAAUGUCUUGGACCCUCAGCAUGAAAUGGGACUACUGUAACAGUAGAGAGAAGGACCAGAGGAGCGAAUAGAAAAUUAAAACAAAGUCAUUUUUAUUUUCAUCUGGGUUUUUCUAUCAUUUUUAAUAUUUAUUAUUUUAGGUGAUUCAUCAACAGGCAGAGGCACAGCUCUUUAGGGGAGUUUAAUGAAGGACUAAUAUACACACACACAAGCUUUCCCUUCACAUACAGACAUUUCACAUCACUUAGCCAUACUUUCAGUCAAACUUUAAACAAUCACAAACUGAAAAUUUCAAUCAAUCACAAAUUAGAAACUUAUUUUCAAACAGUAUAUUAUGCUUUAGAUAUCAGUAACACUGUACCUCAGGUUAUGUAUUAUAUGAGGUUAUUUGAGGAUUGCAAACAGCUCAAAACACUAAGUUCUUCACUUGUUUUCAAAUGCUUCAAAGCAUUAUUUAGUCUGCAGCCAAUCAAAUUGAGUAUGUUUACAGCUCAGACUGAAUUCCUGCUGUUACAAAAUGUCUUUUUGAAUGCUUCGAUACGCUCUCCAUUGGCUAAUGCUGGUGACAGUGGUCCCUGUAGGCUCAAAGGCCAAUGAUGUAAACAGAGUGUUUGCCUCAGGAUCCAUUAUCAGAUGCUAUCAGCACAUAUUACAGUCGCCAGACGGGAAUAGUCUUUGAAAUCCAUCAAGCCCACUUAAUCAUUUGCCUAUCCCCACAGCAGGAUGUUUUACUCUGCUCUAAUUCCCUUUAGGUAACACAAACAGGAGAAUAUGACAAUUACUCAUUUAGCCAGGUUAAAUGGCGGAAUGAGUCCAAAUGGACUUUUAUUAGCUUGAUAAAGGUCAUUAUGCUGCUCAGGAGAGGAUGCUAAAUGGAGAAAAUGGGAGAAAGAUAACUUAUUAAGAGCCAAACAGCUGAAACACCGGAAAUCUAUAUUACCAGGUUGCAUGAUACAGAACCUUUGUUGGUUAUUGUAUUAUUUCAAUUGAUUUAUUAAAGGAACCAUCCAUUUUGUAUUGUCUUUAAUACAGAGCUGUACAUUGCGAUAAGAUACUUUGAAUUAGUGGCUAUCCGGAUUACUGCCUACGAUCAACCGAGACAUCCCUACACAUUUUGAUGCCUUUCUCAAUAUCUUGUGGAUUUCUGCUUCAUUUCAAGAUGUGGGGUGGUCAUCUUUUUUUUUAUUAUUGUUUUCAUCCCUAGGUGUACCGUUCUGUAUAUUGGCAUUUCUUUGUACAAUAACUGGGUAAGAAUGUAAAUGGGUGGGAGGGGGGGAGGGGG